UUUCUCUGAGAGUCUAUUCUGAUUGGGCGAUGACGACUGCUGUGAAUGACGUCAUCGUGUGGAAUGCCCAUUCAUCGGUGCAGUUGGGCGUUGGACUCCGCAUCUUAUUAGUAACCAGGGAAAUUUCUCCAUUUUCUGAGCUGUCUACUUUGUCACGGGCACAAAUUUAGGAAUAAAAAAAAAAAAAAAAACUUGCAUUUUCCAGGUUUUUUUUUCCACACUGUUCUUCUCCGAGACUGGAUUUGUUCGCUACUUUUAGUGCGCUCGUUGGCCAGGUGUUUUAUUCGAAGGAAGAAGCUUGUUGCUCUUUGUUCUGUAUUGGGAUCCGUUGAGCUCUUUGUUGGAGUGAAAGCAUGGGAGCGCAAUUCUCCAAGACAGCUGGAAAAGAAGAAACGGCUGCAGAAACACCUGGAGAGGCUGCAGCUUCACCCUCACCCUCCAAAGCUAACGGACAGGAAAAUGGCCAUGUGAAGGUGAACGGUGAUGCAUCUCCAGCGGCUGCUGAGGAAAAGAAAGAGGUUCAGGCUAACGGCAGUGCGGCAGCUGAGGAGGGAGAGAAGGCUGAGGCAGCUCCAGCUGAGAAGGAGGCUGUGGAGGGAGGUAAAGCAAACGCAGAAGUGAGUGCAGCCACUGAAGAGGAGGCCACAAAAGCUGAGGAUGGCGCAACUCCAUCCACAAGCAAUGAGACGCCCAAGAAGAAGAAGAAGCGCUUCUCUUUUAAGAAGUCCUUCAAAUUAAGUGGCUUCUCUUUUAAGAAAACCAAGAAGGAGACGGGUGAUGGAGAUUGCGGCGAUGAGGCCAAAACUGAGGCAGAUGAAGCUGUUGAAGAAGGUGUGUCAGAAGAGAAAGCCAAACCAGCGGAGGAGGCAGAAUCCAAACCAGAAGAGAAACUAGAAGAGGAGUCCAAGGCUGCCAGUCCUGCCCCUGAGGAGUCCAAAGAGGAGGAGAAACCUGCGGAGUCAGCAGUGGUGACAGAGCCUGCUCCUUCUAAGAAUGAAGCACCUGUAGCAGAGGAAUCCACUCCCACUGUUCAAGAAGCAGAAUCCAGUCCAGAGGUCCAUGCAGAAUCUGCCACAGAGUAACAUGCAAAGUGCAGAUCAAAAGAGGGGGGGGGGGGGGUAGCAGUAGCAAAAAAAAAAAAAAAAAACACAGAUAAUCAAGGCAUAUUUCCCUGUUGUACAGUGGAGUGGUCCCAGGUUAUGAGACGUUGUAGAAUAUUUUAAAGCUUUUUAGUCUUACUUUUUUAUAUUUCCCCUCUCCCCAAAUCUAAAUCUGCCCUUGUGGCUAUUCUUGGAGCUGUGAAAAUGUGUGGCCGAGUUGAAUAAUACAGAAAAUGUUAAAUUUGUCUCAUAUAUUUUUUUGCAUCAGUAUUAACUGUUUUCAUUUGUUUUUGUUUUUAGUUUCACAUUUUAAACAAAACAAUGUAAACAUUUAUGAAAAUGUAUAGACAUGCCUGUGAAUUAAAGGCAGCUGUUUCAGGGGUCAAAGAGGGUGUGGGGAAUAGGAAUGAGAGUUUUUAAAUUUUGGCACCUUGAUUGCUCAGCGCACAGACUACUAUGUAGUAGUACAAAAACAGAACAACUAACAAUUAAUCCACUACAAUUUAUAACACUAAAGUGAUUUUUUCCCCCCUAAUAACAAGGUAGUUUAAUUUACAAUGGCAAGUUUAAAACGGCAAUUUUAAAGGUCCUGGGAACUUUUUUUUUUUUUAGCUGUAACCGUCUAAAUUCAGUAGGAAAACAAUUUGCAUAUGCUUUAUGGUGUAUUGCUGGUUCUCUGAGCUUAUUAAAGUGUAAGUAUGUAUAGAAGGGGUGUUUUAACUGUGAUUAUUGUACAAAUAAUAUCUUGAUCUCAAGAAGCACAUGCAGCUCUUCUAUCACCAAGUCUGUUUUUGUAAGUCAUCCUCAGACCACUGGAGCAUUUUUUUUUUAACUCAGACCAAGCUGUGACACGUAUUGCUGUUUAUACUGUGGUUUUUAAUUCCAACAGAUGAUGAUUUUCAAUGGUCUUUUGACAAAAUUAAGGAACCUAACAGAUGCAAUGUUUGUGUAGCAUCUUGUCUUUUUCUUUUGUACAUAUUGGAGAAGCUUUUACCUUUGACUUAGACAAUGAAUGUAACUUUGCUUACUAAAUUGAUAUUAAACUUCUCUGCUGAAGGUGUUCUAAAUUUUAUGUGAGCACACUAAAAGCAAAAUAAAUGUGAAUGAAAUUUGA